AUGAGGACGUCGUCAAUGGUCGACCCAGAUGGAGAUGCGAUCAUGUCUUUUGCCCCCUCAUCCUCUGCCGCAUCGCCGCGGUCUCUUUCCUCACGUCUUCUCACUGUUGUGGCUUCUGGAGAGCUUCAUGCGUUGCCUGAUGAUAUCACUAAGUGCGAGUCAAACGAGGCUCUCGAUAAACUUCUGACUCCGUUUUUGCCACUGCUGACACGCCUUCAGAGCUCUCGUCACACAUACGCCACCCCACAGUCGCAUCAUCUUUCCAUAACACUUGAUGCCACGCUGCUUCGUGUCGAAAAUGCCUCAAAAUAUCGUCAAUACGCCCAGAUAUUUGCAAAGUUGACGCCAUCCCAGCUCCAACCGACCAUCACUCCUGACGCCAUGACUGCAUUCCGCCGCUUUGAACGCGGUUCCACGACUGACAGAGUGAUGAUCGUGCUAUGUGAAUGGCUUUUUUCUGCUAGUGGAAGCUUGGACAACAGUGAGCUUUUCAUGAAUGAGCUUUUUCAAGAAGAAAUUGCAGCUAUUCUUGUGCAAGUUCUGGCUUUUCCUAAGCUUCAGACGCACAAAAGUCCAGCUCAAAAUUUACUGAGUCUGGAAAAAAUAGUUUCUAGGGUUCUAUCAGUGCCUGUAGCCCCCAUCCUAUUGUCUAGAUUGGCCGUAAACGAUGUCUCACGUGUCGAAGAACUCAUGGACGCUAUUGUGGCAGUCAUUCUAGCGACUACGACAAUAAAUAAAACUAUGGCACAGCAAGAACAAGAUGCAUUGAACUCGAACAUGUCUGUGAUGGAGAAUGCGCGUCGUGCUUGUUUGCACGUCGCCAAGCUUUCGCCUUUAUACGCAACGAGACUAAAGAAUAAACUAAGUAAACAGACUGCAUCGCUGCAGUGUGCAGCAGUUGCAUUUGAGCUUUUGACAGCAUGUACAAAUCGAGGAGACGUAAUUGUCUUUCUGUAUCAAUGGCUAAAGCGAGAUGGAGCUCCUGGGUCAGCGCUGAGGACAUAUGUCCAGUUAUCAACUCGUGAUGAUAUGACAAGCGACUCUGUAAGUGACUUUCAGUCGGCUGCAGUUAAUUCUUUGGAUUUUGUUCGUCGUGUACUAUUGGAAACGACGAGCAGCACGAAUGUGCCGAUGUACGAGUUGUCUACAGCACUUAAUGUUUGUGUUGCUCUUCAGGUACUGAAUGCAUUUCCUUUAGGGGAACAAGAGCGACUUCAACUAUUGCAGAGUCUUGACAGAAUUGCAUCAACCUCGUCAUCAUCUCGUACUGUUCGUCUUGGUUUCCUUGUGAUUAUUCUACUUUGGUAUCCACUCGCACCAGCUUUAAGCAAAGCUCCUGGCCAACGAGACGAGCACAUCAAAACUGCACUGACUCUAUCUCAACAAGUCAUCAUGUCCUUCUUUCAAGCGUGCAAGACCGACGCUGGUCCGCUUUUUGUUGUUUCGGCAGUGUUAUUCUAUACCAAAGUGCCAGCGCUUGUUCCUUUUCUUGCGUCAGUGAUUGGAUUAAAUGGAGACUUAGGAGAUGAUUCGGGACUUGAAGCGCAACAAGUAUUGCGUGCAGAUUAUCUUCAUGUUUUCGGAGAUGUCAUCCUCAAGCCUAUUUUGACAGAGAACCUGCUUGCUCGUGAAGUACUAACCUUUCCACCAGCCUUGCGUGUCUCAACAAUCGAUGAUAUUUCGCUAGGUCAUGGACAAUUUGAGCUCACCUUACGUGGACUCUACAGUUUGCUGUGCGAAAAAUCGUUUUUGCGACAUCAUCACGGACAUCGGCUGGAAAAUUGGUUGUCUACUCAGGUAGAAAAGCAAGCAGCUUUGCCUAUCCAUCCGUUAAUGUUAAGCGUUUUGCUCGAGUGGAUUGAAAAUUACGUGAUGGCGUUUGAGUACCCAAUCGCUCAGGCCCCUCGCCGGCUUCAAUUGUCCAUCGUUCCGCUACAAAGCUCAACUUUAACGAAAUGGCUCUCAGCGUCUUGCUUACGGAGCACAUAUGACUUUAAGAAAGGACACGAGUACAAACUGAAAUGGGCACGUGGCGUAUUAGGUCUUACAUAUGCGCUUCAAUUUAAUCAGCGACUUCGUCAGGCAACGAUGGUUGCUGGAAGUAAGCUGAGCAGUCUGGUAGCCGGUACCUCAAUCGCUUCAGGUACAUCAUUCUCAGCUACCCUCGGCACCGGAGCCGAUAUUUGCCUACACUACGACCUUAACACAUUUCCCUUACGCAAUAUUGUGACUGAAGUCGUGGCAAACGGAGACCAAGGCCGUGCUUUUGAAUAUGUGGCCCCAACGUUAGUAAAACUCUUGAUAGAAGAGUAUCCACACCUGUUUGAUGCUUCCGCAUCGUCCGGUUCAUCAGGGUCGACUUCAAUGUUACUGCCGUUAGCCUUCAGUCCGCACGAUGUUGUAGAGCGCGACCUAACACGAAGUUGGUUUCGCCGUAAGUUUAAUCAUGUGCCGCUUGCUAGUAUGGCGCGGUCUCACAUUUCAUGGACAGCAGUUCAAAUGCUUUUGUUUGAACUCCAAUUCGCACCGAUCCAAGUGGUGACGCGAGAGCUUAUUGAUAUAGUGAAUAAAAUCCUUCCUUACGCGAUUACAUCGUAUGAAACCUUGUCUACCGAUUGUCAAGUGGCGGCGUUCUGUUCCCAACUUGCUUCACUUUACCUAUCUCGUGCGCGUCGUGAGCAGGGAGCUGAUAUUUCUUUAUUGAUGAGAUUGAUACAAGCAUUGUGCUUUCCAGACGUACUAUGGCGGCAGUUACAGACUCAGACACAGCAAAAUGAUUCAUUUAAUUUGUUUACGUACAUGCAAGUGUUAGAAGAGCCAUUUCGUCUCGUCAACGAUGCCCACGAUAGAGUUUUUCAACAGCCAGCGUUGCUGCUUAUUCUAAUUGAUAUUAUCCGAGAUGUCAGAAUUGCAGCAAACGUCCAUGUAUCGAAAUUUGACCUCUGCUUGUUGCCUGGAGAAAGUUUGAAGCAUUCGCUGUCCACUAAUCCAAGUGUGCAACAGCAUCAACUCGUACAAGAUUGUCUGCUGACGCAUGGACUUCUCCAGCGGCUUUUUGCACUGAGCUCCAACUCGAAUAGCAACGAUACGGUUCAGGAGUGUCGUGCUCACCUGUGCACACUAAUUAAUGAGUUGGUGGCUGCAGACGCUGAGGCCUCGUCUCCGUAUCCACCACGACUUCUAUUGGCCAUACACACACAGGGCUACGAUGUGUCACUAGUUCCAACGUUAGUCGCCAACGUGCCGUCAAUGAAACUCUUGUGGGAUCACUGGAUGUCUGCUACGUCUUCGACUGCAUCAAAUAUCCCAGCUUCUCGUGCUGGGACGCAUGGAACGAAACAUUUAAUGGAUUUUGUGGCAGAAGGAGCGGACAAGGAUCUUCCCAAGUGGAUUUUUCGACUUCGCGUGGUCUUUUCAUUGUGUGCUGCGCAUCUUUCUGGAAACGGACAAAGCGCAGCUAUGCAACAAGCGCUGCGUGUGGUCUGGAAUAAACUGCGCAAUGGUGUGGGGAGCUUAGGUGAAAACAGUGCGGGUGCAGAGCUCGUACAUUUCCUUCUCAAGUUGCAGCGCCAGCAAAGUGGAGCUGGUGGUUACAAAGGUUUGCUGAAAAAGCGCCUGUGA